AUGCCGGAAACGGGACAACGCUUUUACAUUCCCCUUUCCGGCCCCCGAGAUGACCACCGACCCAGAGCUAUGCGCGCUCUUUGCACUGCUGUCUCUGGUUCAACGUCUUUCUUCGUUGCGAACCCCUGAAUAUCAAGGGACCCGCCGACGUCACAGCCCACGAGGCUGCCCGCCGCGACGGGCCAUGUGCAGCACGGGAAGAGGUCUCGUCGCGCUCGCUGGUGAGACCUCAGAUGCACGGGAGGGACAUGUAGAUGAGGUAGAUCACCCUGGGGAGCAGAGAAGAGACUCGCGCGUGGACGGCCAACACCGUUUCCCCCCCCCCCCUGAUGACGAUGAUCGAGGCGGUUCCUGGGAGACGCGGCUACGUCUUCGCAGGGCUGUGACGGCAUGCGGUCAACGGGCCUUCCCUGGCGCAGCGGUCGGCAAAAGACAGGCAAUUGAGUACUCGAAUUCGCCAGCGCGCGCAGCGCUUUAA